AUGGAGUUCCUUAAGGACUAUGACUGCACCAUUCAAUAUCACCUGGGGUGGGCCAAUGUGGUGGCUGACGCUUUAAGUAAGAAUGUGCUUAUAGUUAUGGUUAGCUUGAUGGUCCGUGAUUGGCAUCUGUUUAAGGCUUUUAGCCAACUGACGGUGAGUGUAGUGCCAAAGAGAUUAUAUGUCCUUAUUGCUAGUAUGUUAGUUCAGCUGGAUUUGGUGAACGAGAUACAGGAGGCAGGUGUGAAUGACAAGCGCAUACAUUUAUGGAUAGAUAAACAUGGCCAGCCCAAGAACCCCGACUUUGUGAUGCGAUAUGGUAUUCUCAGAUUUUGGGAAAGAAUAUACGUGCCAAAACUUAAGGACUUGAGGCAAAGAAUUCUAGACGAGGCCCACAAAGCUCGAUAUAUAGUACACCUGGGAGCCACAAAGAUGUAUAGGGAUCUUCGGGAAGUCUACUAG